UUCUUCUCAUUUCAUUCAGGAAUCUCGCAGGUGGAGACUGAAACUAAGGACAAACUGAAAAUGGCAGAAAGACUUUCUGAUAUACGGAUUGUGCUGUUGGGCAACACUGGAUCAGGAAAAAGUGCAUCAGGAAACACCAUCCUGAAUAAAGACCUUUUUGAUGUGAAAAACUCUACAGGAUCAGUUACAGAAAACUGUACCAAACAAGAAGCAAAUGUGGAUGGACGCAGCAUAUCAGUUAUUGACUGUCCAGGUCUGUUUGACACUCGAGAUCAGAGUAAAGAAAUGCUGCGACAUGUAACGAGGCAGUGCAUGAACCUAUCUUAUCCUGGGCCUCAUGCAUUUCUGCUGGUGAUGAAACUGGGUGUGAAAUUUACAGAGCAGGAGAAGAAUGUUAUAAAAUGGAUUCAGGAGAACUUUGGAGAAGAUGCCAUCAACUACACCAUCAUUCUGUUCACUCAUGCUGAUGUGCUGAGGGGCAAGCCUAUAGAGACAUAUAUCAGUAAAAGCAAUGAAUUAAAACAAUUGAUCAAGACCUGUUGGGGAAGAUAUCACUCAUUCAACAAUGAGAACAGAAAUAAUCGAGAUCAGGUCACAGAACUUCUGCAAAUGAUACGUAAAAUGGUUCUUUUUAAUGGAGGAAAGGAGUAUGCUUUUCAGAUAUAUAAAGAAGCUCAGGAAAUCGGAAAGCUCAGCUCUAAAAGACACUGAGAAAAAAUGACUAACAAGUAGCAUUGUAGCAGUUGUGGGAGGUUUUUUGACAGUAAAACUAUGUUCCUGUAAUUGGGUACGUUUUGGAAAUUUUCUGCCUGUACUAUAUCAUAUGGCACAUAAUAUACAAUAAUAUUCACUCUAAUGUUUAUAUUAUGCUAUCACAUAAUUCAGAUAUUUAAGUAUAUUUCUGUCUUUCAUUUUUCUUCUUGCAUUCAAAUGUGUCAGCUGUAUAAAACUGAUUAAAAAGGGAAUUGCCACUAUAAACAAA